UAUAUAUUAUGCUGAAAUGUUGACUUUAAUCCUAUCUGUUCAUAUAUUAUACAAAUAGGCACAUGCAUAUCUACAUUGGUCUGUCUGAGUCAUGAUAGCAAUGUCUACUUCUGUUGUAUAGUUGUUUGAUUAAUACAAACUUAAUUUGGUCAGGUUUUAUUCAGUGAUUUAUUUCAAACUAUUUGGUAUAACUUUGCAGCUGAGAUAGCACGGAGUUCAAAUGGAAGAAUUUAAAACAAAUCUGUAAGUAACGCCUCAACUAACCUCCACAGAUUGCAUGAGCCCAAAUAUUAGCAUUGAGGGUCAGAGUCUGGACAGAUGUGUUGUCACUGUGGUUUGAUUUUGUGACAUCAGUGCCCGUGAGCAAGGUGUGUGUGUUGGGGAGUUGAACUUUCAUCUAUAUUUACCUUUUUAACCCCGACUGUCAGACAGAAUACCUAACAAGUAUUGAUCUUUGGACAUUUUAAGUGGAAAUCAUGGACUCUUACUGAUUUUUCUUGUGCACUUUUCUUUUUUUACCAAGACGUAAAUAGAGAAGCGGAAGAAUUAAGAGUUCUUGAGAAAACGUAGGCUGCAAAAGUUGUGUGCAAAACGAUCUCCCUAAUACUUUGUGCAUUUAUACGUAUAUUGCCAACAUACUGACACUUCUAAUUUUUUUAUUUUACGGUUCAAAGUCUCAUUUCUCCUCACGAACCUGAAAUACCUUUUAGUUUAUAGUUAAAAGUUCUAGUUUUAUCAUUACCCUUGACAGGUCUGGUCAUACAUAAAUACAGAAUAUGAUAAUGACUUGUCUUCACGAGUAGAUUAGGGCUAAUAUACAUCUAAAUACCCUCCCAAAAACACACACACACAACCCCACGACCCACGAGCAGUCGUCUGCGAGUAUCAAUAAUAUAAACAAAGCAGGUUUCUACCAGUCGCAGGAUGGUUGUGUGUCCAGGUCUUCUUCCCCUCGAGGAGCAGUAACCUUUUGUCCAACUUGUUGGUGGAUCUUUAACUGGUCGACUCAGUUAUUCAGAGGAUUGCGAAAGUCUUCAAAGCUCUGGAGGUGAGGCGUGGGUGCAGGGGAAGUUGGUAUGCAGUAAAGCAAGUUCUCCAGGGAGCAACAGUUGAGUGCCUGCUCCAGGUUGAACCGGGUCAGUCCUGCACCUGACGAAAACUGACAAUCAGGUCGGUCCCUAAAGAAGCAAAUACGAGAUGAGUGCUCCAGAGGGUUCGGUUAGGAGCAGCAGUGGCGUUGCAGUCAUGGAUAGUAAAGCUGAGAGCAUGUCUACCCAAAAGACUCGCUCCCCCCUCGUCCUCAACGGAGAAGCCCCCACAGCUGAGCUCUGUGCAACAGCUGAGCUGGAGGAAGCCACUGAAGGACUUUGCCUAGAAGAGCCUAGGCCAGUUCCCUUGGUGAGGACGAACGGACCAGCACCUCUGGCCCCAGCGGACGAGCUAUGGAGCACCAGCAGACACAAGGCAGUCAAGCUGAGGAUGGAGGGCUCGGGUCCGGCCUCAGAGACUCCCAUGACGGCCCAUCAGCUGUUUCUGCACACGGUGGAAACGUACGGGGAUCAUCCAGCCUUGGCUUCCAAAAAAGAGGGCCAGUGGGUGACCCUGACAUGGAGGCAAUACUAUGAGCAGUGCCGGGCGGCAGCUAAAAGUUUCCUCAAGUUGGGGCUGGAGCGUUACCAUGGUGUGGGGAUUCUGGGAUUUAACUCCCCCGAAUGGUUCAUCUCAGACAUCGGCUGCAUCUUUGCAGGGGGUCUGGCAACUGGAAUUUACACCACCAAUUCAGCUGAAGCUUGUCAGUAUGUGGCUGCCAACAGUGAGGCCAACAUCCUGGUAGUGGAGAACCAGAAGCAGCUCGACAAAAUCCUGCAGGUUAAAGAUCAUCUACCUCAUCUGAAAGCCAUCGUCCAGUAUAAAGGCGAGCUGCAGCAGAAAGCACCAUUUCUUUAUACGUGGGCGGAGUUCAUGAAGCUGGGAGAAGAAGUGCCCGACGAGCAGCUAAAUGCUGUGAUUGACAGUCUUCGUGCCAAUGAGUGCUGUACUCUCAUCUUUACCUCUGGAACCACUGGGAACCCUAAAGCAUGCAUGUUGAGCCAUGACAAUCUGACAUGGACAGUCCACACGGCAGCUUCCAUGGUCAACUUAAAGUAUGCUGAGGAGGUGAUGGUCAGUUACCUGCCGCUCAGCCACGCGGCAGCCCAGCUAGUGGACAUGUGGUUGGGUAUUUCUUGUGCUAUGACCACCUAUUUUGCAGAGCCAGACGCCCUCAAGGGCUCCUUAGUAAACACACUUAAAGAGGUUCGUCCAACUUGUUUCGUGGGGGUUCCUCGUGUGUGGGAGAAGAUGCAGGAGAAAAUGAAAGCUGUCGGUGCCAAGGCCUCCCCAAUGAGGAGUACAGUGGCGGGCUGGGCCAAGUCCAUAGGCCUGCGGUACAACUACAGUGUCAUGAACAGGGAGAAUCAGGUGCCUUGGGGCUUCAUGCUGGCUAAUAAUCUGGUCUUUAAGAAGGUCCGUGAAUCUCUGGGCCUAGACCGCUGCAAGUUAUGCUUCACGGGCGCUGCCCCCAUCACCAAAGACACUCUGGAAUACUUCAUGAGCCUGAACAUCCCUUUAUUGGAGCUAUAUGGCAUGAGUGAAAGCUCCUGCCCACACACCAUCUCCACUGACACCCAUUACCACCUCACAAGCUGUGGAAAAAAGAUGCCAGGCAGCAAGACGAAGCUGGAGAACCCAGAUGAGGACGGGAGUGGAGAGAUAUGUAUGUGGGGUCGGCACGUCUUCAUGGGCUACCUGGACAUGCCGGAUUUAACAGCGGAGGCUCUCGACCAGGACGGCUGGCUGCACUCUGGAGAUCUGGGACGACACGACCAGAACGACUUCCUGUACAUCACAGGAAGGAUCAAGGAACUGAUCAUCACUGCAGGUGGAGAGAACAUCCCUCCUGUGCCUAUCGAGGAUUCAGUGAAGGCCGAGGUGCCCAUCAUCAGCAACGCCAUGCUGAUCGGAGACAAGCUGAAGUUCCUCUCCAUGCUGCUCACGCUCAAAUGUGUGGUGGAUGACAACGGCGAGCCAACAGAUGAGCUGAGCCCUGAGGCCUUGAUAUUCUGCCAGCAUCACAACGUCACAGCCACCAAGGUGUCAGAGAUCGUAGCCAAUAAGGAGCCAGCUAUCUACAACGCCAUACAGGAAGGCAUGGAGCGCGCCAACGCCAGAGCAACGUCCAACGCCCAGAAGAUCCAGAAGUGGACGAUACUGGAGCGAGACUUCUCUGUCAACGGAGGCGAACUGGGACCUACCAUGAAACUGAGGAGGCCCAUUGUUGUGAAGAUGUACCAGGAGAAAAUAAAUGAAUUGUAUGCUGUGGCCACGGAGACACAGCAGACUGUACAGCAUUGAGAUGAGAUAAUACCUGGGUCAUGUUUGUAUGCUGCCCAGCCGUCAUAUUGAGAAAUGUGUAAAUGUCUUUCACCUGAAUGUUAAAAGUGCAAAAUACAUUUAAAUUAUGUUGUGUCUAUUGGAAUAGAUGUUUUAAUAUGUUUCUGUUGUCUGUUUCGAGUCGAGAUCACAAAUCAUAAAUCACAAAUUAGCCUUAAAGGCUUUACAAUCUUUACACAUACGACAUCCUCUGUCCCAGGACACUCACAUCAGUACAGGAAAAACUCCACCCCAAAAAUAACGGUUAGAAAAACAGGACGAAACCUUAGGGAGAGCAACAGAGAAGGGAUCCCUCUCUCAGGAUGGACAGAAGUGCAAUAUAUGUCAUGUGUACACAUACGAUUUCAAAGCAGCUGUGCACUUUUUGUAAAUAAAAUAUCCUAAUCAGAGCCA